UUAUCCGCUCUCUUUUCUUGAUUCGAUUAAUGUUAAAUUUACUUUUAUAAAGUUCAUUUUGAUUUUUUUUAUUUAAAAAAUUGUAUAUAUAAAAAAAUGGCUGAUGACAAGGAUGUUAAUGAGAAAACUUGUGCGGAGGAUAUUGUUGUCACAAAAUACAAAAAUGCUGGAGAAAUCGUUAAUCGAACUUUGAAAACAGUAAUUGGCCUGUGCGUGGCAGAUGCUUCAGUAAGGGAAAUUUGUUCAAAAGGUGAUGAAUUACUUUUAGAGGAAACAGGAAAGGUAUUUAAAAAAGAAAAAGAUUUAAAAAAAGGUAUCGCUUUUCCAACAUGUUUAUCAGUUAAUAAUUGCGUGUGUCAUUUUUCACCAACUAAAAAUGAUCCCGAUUAUACCUUAAAAGAGGGAGAUGUUGUAAAGAUCGAUUUGGGAGCUCAUAUAGACGGCUUUAUAGCUGUCGCUGCUCAUACGAUUGUUGUUGGUGCUAGUGCAGACAAAAAAGUAGAUGGACGAAAAGCUGAUGUAGUUCUGGCCGCAUAUUGGGCGGUUCAGGCAGCUUUGAGGAUAAUAAAAAAUGGUGCAAAUAAUUACGCUAUUACUGAUGCAGUACAAGAAAUUGCCGAUUCAUAUAAAUGUAAACCCAUUGAAGGAAUGUUGAGUCACCAACUUAAACAAUUUCGUAUUGAUGGUGAAAAAACGAUAAUUCAGAAUCCUAAUGAAGCUCAACGUAAAGAACAUGAAAAAUGUGAAUUUAAAACUCAUGAAGUAUAUGCAAUAGAUGUUAUAGUCAGUACUGGUGAAGGAAUUGGUAGAGAGAAAGAUACUAAAAUUUCUAUAUAUAAGAAAACCGAUGAAAAUUAUCAAUUAAAAUUAAAAAAUGCAAGAGCUUUACUGGCUGAGGUCAAAGCAAAACAUGGCAAUAUGCCUUUUAAUCUUAGACACUUUGCAGAAGAAACAAAAGCUAGAAUGGGUGUUGUCGAAUGUAUUUCGCAUAAAAUGAUUGAAGCUUUCCAUGUAUUAUAUGAAAAGCCAAGUGAAUAUGUUGCCCAAUUCAAACAUACAGUUUUAUUAAUGCCAAACGGUGUCAAUUUGGUAACAGGUUUACCAUUUGAAGAAGAUUUUUAUGUUAGCGAACAUUCUGUUACAAAAGAAGAAUUAAAGAAUUUACUUAGUCAGCCAAUCGAUCCUAAAAAAAGUGCAAAGAAAAAAGGGGGUAAAAAAAAAUCUGCCGGUGAAUCAGAUACGUCCACCACGGCAACUACUAAAGUAGAAACAGCACCAGAAGUUACAACAAAAGCCUAAUUAUUACCCAUUAAAUCAAAACUUAAAUAAUAAACAAGAAACUUUUUUAUGCUGUCUGAUUACGAAGAUUAAGAAAAAAAAACGUUUUUAUUGAAAUCUGUAAUUGAAAAAUUAAAGUAUGAUUUUUAACGUAAGAUUCACGUUAAGACUUAAUUAAAAAAAAGCAAGAAAUUUUAAUCUAAACAAAAAUAAAAAAAAAAACUAAAAUAUAGCAAUAAGAAUUUAAAAUUUCCGUUAAUACAUUUUUUAAUUUCUUUACUAUUUCUAUUUUUCUGUUAACAUCUUGAUGAAUGAUUUUUAUGUGAGAAAAAAUCUGUACCGUUUUUUGAUUGAUCAAAUUAAAUGUAAUUGUUUGGAACA